GCGGGGACCAUGAAGCCCACAGCGCGGGAAGAAGCAAGUGGAGAGGCAGCGCUUAGCUUCGCCCGGCCCCGGUAGAGCCCGCGCGCUUGACUAUGGCUGGGGGAAGGCGAGGGCUGGUGGCUCCCCAGAAUACCUUCCUGGAGAAUAUCGUGCGGAGGUCCAACGAUACAAAUUUUGUCCUGGGCAAUGCCCAGAUAGUGGAUUGGCCCAUUGUGUACAGCAACGAUGGAUUUUGCAAGCUCUCAGGAUACCACAGAGCAGAAGUGAUGCAGAAAAGCAGCACUUGCAGUUUUAUGUAUGGGGAGUUGACAGACAAAGACACAAUAGAUAAAGUCCGGCAAACAUUUGAGAACUACGAGAUGAACUCCUUUGAAAUCUUGAUGUACAAGAAGAACAGGACUCCUGUUUGGUUCUUUGUGAAAAUUGCUCCAAUUCGAAAUGAACAGGACAAAGUUGUUUUGUUUCUUUGCACUUUCAGUGACAUAACAGCUUUCAAGCAGCCUAUUGAGGAUGACUCAUGCAAAGGCUGGGGAAAGUUUGCACGCUUAACACGUGCUCUCACAAGCAGUCGGGGAGUUCUGCAGCAGCUGGCUCCAAGCGUGCAGAAGGGAGAAAAUGUUCACAAGCAUUCCCGGCUCGCUGAGGUCCUGCAGCUGGGCUCUGAAAUCCUUCCACAGUACAAGCAAGAGGCACCAAAGACCCCACCACAUAUCAUUUUACAUUAUUGUGUUUUUAAGACUACUUGGGAUUGGGUCAUCCUGAUUUUAACCUUCUAUACUGCUAUUUUGGUUCCUUACAACGUCUCAUUUAAAACCAAGCAAAACAACGUGGCCUGGCUGGUAGUGGACAGCAUUGUGGAUGUCAUUUUUCUAGUGGACAUUGUGCUAAAUUUCCACACCACAUUUGUUGGGCCGGCUGGAGAGGUGAUCUCCGACCCAAAACUGAUCCGCAUGAAUUACUUGAAGACCUGGUUUGUAAUUGAUCUUCUGUCUUGUUUGCCAUACGAUGUGAUCAAUGCAUUUGAGAAUGUCGAUGAGGGCAUCAGUAGUCUGUUCAGCUCACUUAAAGUAGUGAGGCUUCUUCGUCUGGGUCGUGUGGCUCGAAAACUGGACCAUUAUAUUGAGUAUGGAGCAGCUGUCCUGGUUUUGUUGGUAUGUGUUUUUGGUCUUGCAGCCCACUGGUUGGCCUGCAUUUGGUACAGCAUCGGGGACUACGAAGUUAUCAAUGAGGAUAAGAACACAAUAAGGAAUGAAAGUUGGCUCUACCAGCUAGGGGAAUCUAUAGGAUCACCUUAUCAAUUAAAUACAACAACUGGGAAAUGGGAAGGAGGACCAAGCAAGGAUUCUGUCUAUAUCUCUUCAUUAUACUUUACAAUGACAAGCCUCACGAGUGUUGGAUUUGGGAACAUUGCACCGACUACUGAUGGAGAGAAGAUCUUUGCAGUUGCUAUGAUGAUGAUUGGCUCUUUGUUAUAUGCAACAAUUUUUGGUAAUGUGACAACGAUCUUCCAGCAAAUGUACGCUAACACAAAUAGAUACCAUGAGAUGCUGAACAGUGUCCGCGACUUCCUGAAGCUCUACCAAGUGCCCAAAGGCUUAAGUGAACGUGUAAUGGACUAUAUUGUUUCUACCUGGUCAAUGUCCAGGGGCAUUGAUACAGAGAAGGUUUUACAGAUUUGUCCAAAGGAUAUGCGAGCAGACAUCUGUGUUCACCUGAAUCGGAAAGUUUUCAAAGAGCACCCUGCGUUCAGACUGGCUAGCGACGGGUGUCUGCGGGCGCUGGCAAUGGAAUUUCAGACGGUGCAUUGUGCUCCCGGGGAUCUCAUUUACCAUGCUGGGGAAAGUGUGGACAAUCUUUGCUUUGUGGUUUCAGGGUCCUUGGAAGUCAUUCAGGACGAUGAAGUCGUUGCAAUUUUGGGCAAAGGAGAUGUUUUCGGGGAUGUCUUCUGGAAGGAAACAACUCUAGCCCAGUCUUGUGCUAACGUAAGGGCUUUAACCUACUGUGACCUUCAUGUGAUUAAAAGGGAUGCCUUACAGAAAGUGCUGGAGUUCUAUACAGCCUUUUCACAUUCUUUCUCCAGGAACCUCAUCUUGACCUACAACCUGCGGAAAAGGAUAGUAUUCCGAAAAAUAAGUGAUGUCAAGCGAGAAGAAGAAGAGAGGAUGAAAAGGAAGAACGAGGCGCCAUUAGUCCUGCCUCCUGAUCAUCCAGUCCGUCGGCUUUUUCAAAGAUUCAGACAGCAGAAGGAAGCACGACUCGCUGCAGAGAGAGGCAGAGAAGAACUUGAUGUUGAAAAAGGCAACAUUUUGGGAGAUCAUCUUUCACGCACUGUUGUUAAAGCCAGUGUUGUAACUGUCAGGGAAAGCCCUGCCACACCUAUUGCCUAUCAGUCAGCCUCAACAUCUGGUGUAUCGGACCAGGCCAAGCUACAAGCUCCUGCUUCAGACUAUGUGGCAGGGAAAGUGGCAGGUGACUACCCAAAGCGGAAAGGCUGGGCAAAAUUCAAAGAUGCCUGUGCAAAGGGAGAUGACUGGAACAAAGUUUCCAAAGCAGAGUCCAUGGAAACAUUGCCAGAGAGAACCAAAACAGCUGGCGAAGCCACUCUGAAGAAGACAGACUCUUGUGACAGUGGCAUCACCAAAAGUGACCUGCGCUUGGACAAUGUAGGGGAGACAAGAAGUCCUCAGGACCGCAGUCCUGUCCUGGCAGAAGUCAAGCACUCUUUCUACCCAAUCCCUGAACAGACACUUCAAGCAACAAUGUUGGAAGUGAAACAUGAGCUGAAAGAGGAUAUCAAAGCUUUAAACACAAAAAUGACCAAUAUAGAAAAACAGCUUGCUGAGAUACUAAGGAUAUUAGCCUCUAGAAGAAGUUCUCAGACGCCACAGGAGUUGUGUGAAAUAUCGAGACCACAGUCUCCAGAAUCAGAGAAAGACAUUUUUGGAGCUAGCUGAGGUGGUUCUUUAAAAGAGAAAGGAAUCUUGAAUAUCUCCACAAAUACCCACUUAACACUUUUUUUUAAAAAAAGAGCAAAACAUUUACUCUCUUUUUCUUGAACACCGUUUGAGGGGCCUACCUGUUAACCACGUCCCUUUUAUCUAAAUGGUACAAUAACAAGAGUUGCAACCUCAUGUCAAGAUGGCAGCUGACUCUGAAGUCUUUUUGACAGCAAGGGUACAGUUUAUAAUGUUUCCCUCCCUACUUCUUAGUUAGUGCAUCCUUUUCAACUUAAAAAGAUGGGAAAAUACAAACAUUUACAGAAAAUAAAAGUCCAGACAUUAG